GUUUCCGUACAAACUUUUUGUACGAGAGGGGCGGCCGGCACCAGUCACAACAAGCCCGAGUGACAUGUGCUUCACGUAACGAGUUGCAAUAUUUACAAUUCAGUCAUGGAACUCGCCGAUAAGCUCAGCAUUUUGGGCCUGUCAGAGCAGAAAGUGAAGGAGACUCUGAAGAAUGAAUCCUUGUCCAAAUUGUUAGGAUCCAUUGCAGAUCAGGCUCGGGAAAAUGGAGAGUUGAACAAGAGUGCUGGAAACCUUCUGUACAACCUUGGAACAAAGUUACCACGUCAGUUCCACAAUCAUCUUCCCUUUUUGGUUAAUUACAUCGCAAAUGGGGGUAUUAAUCAGGAAGCUAAACUAGCUGCAGCAAUCAAGUUUGUCCAGAAUCAUCCAUCUGGAAAUCUUAACAAAGUAGAAUUUGAAAAAUCUUGUGGCAUUGGAGUGGAAGUGACUCAAGAUGAGAUUGAAUCUGCUGUAGCCUCUGUCAUAGAGAAACAGAAGAAAGCCAUUCUGAAUCAAAGGUACCAGUUCAACACUGGCCCAUUGAUGGGUCAGGUGAGGGCUGCCCUACCAUGGGCUGACAGUCGCAAAGUCAAGGAAGAGAUUGAUUUGCAGAUUUUGACUCUGCUUGGCCCCAAGAGAGAAGAGGACUUGGUUAAGCCAGCCAAGGCAAAGGCUGAAAAGAAGGAAAAGCCUGAAAAUCCCACUGCCAAUGUAACACAACCAACUAAGCAGCCACUAACGAUGGCAGAGUUCCUGAAAACCAUAAACUUCCAUGCACCUGGUGAGAAUCAUAAAACGGAUGGAUAUGUAAUUACAGAAAACACUGAGCGACUCCUAAAGGAACACCUAAGAAUAACUGGUGGACAGGUGAGAACACGAUUCCCUCCAGAACCCAAUGGCAUUUUGCAUAUUGGGCAUGCAAAGGCUAUUAACAUAAAUUUUGGGUAUGCUGCUGCUCAUAAUGGUGUGUGCUUCCUUCGCUACGAUGAUACAAAUCCGGAGAAAGAGGAAGAGAAGUUCUUUAUAGGAAUAAGAGACAUGGUCGAAUGGCUCGGUUACAAACCAUUCAAGAUCACACACUCGUCAGAUUACUUCCAGCAACUUUAUGAAUGGGCAGUAGUGCUUAUAAAGAAAAGAAAGGCUUAUGUAUGUCACCAAAAGCCAGAAGAGGUGAGAGGCCGUGACCCCCCACCAUCGCCCUGGAGAGAUCGUCCAGUUGAAGAAUCUCUUCAGCUAUUUGAGGACAUGAAGAACGGAAAGUUUGAGGAAGGGGAAGCAACAUUACGACUUAAUCUAACCCUAGAAGAGGGAAAAGUUGAUCCAGUUGCCUACCGCAUAAAAUUUGUUACACAUCACUGCACAGGAGAUAAGUGGUGCAUUUAUCCAACAUAUGAUUAUACCCAUUGCCUCUGUGAUGCAAUUGAACACAUCACCCAUUCACUUUGCACAAAAGAAUUCCAGUCAAGACGAUCAUCUUACUAUUGGCUAUGUAAUGAAGUAGGAACUUACUGCCCUGUCCAGUGGGAGUACGGUCGCCUAAAUAUGAACUAUACUGUAGUUUCCAAGAGAAAGAUUGCCAAACUAAUUGAUAGUGGGAAUGUAAGAGAUUGGGAUGAUCCUCGACUAUUUACCCUAACAGCAUUACGUAGACGAGGUUUCCCAUCAGAGGCUAUAAAUAAUUUCUGUGCUUCACUGGGUCUAACUGGUGCUCAAAUCUCCAUCCAUCCUGAUGCAUUAGAAGCACAUGUUCGAGAUGUACUGAAUGUUACCGCACAUAGAGCUAUGGUUGUUCUAGAACCCCUGAAGGUGGUGAUAACCAACUUCCCCAGCGAAGCGGCCAUUACUGUAAGCGUACCAAAUAUCCCUGGCAAUGAUGACAAAGGAACACACAAUGUGAUCUUUGAUAGAGAGAUGUGGAUUGAGAGAUCAGACUUCCGUGAGGAGGAAGAAAAAGGAUAUCGAAGGUUAACUCCACAGCAGAGUGUAGGCCUUCGUCAUUGUGGAUAUGUUAUUAAAGUCCAGGAAGUUGUAAAAGAUUCUUCUGGGAAUGUGGAUCAUCUUAAAGUAUCCUGUGAACCUGCUACAGAGAGCAAUAAACCCAAAGCUUUCAUCCACUGGGUAGCACAACCUAUCAAAUGUGAAAUCAGGAAUUAUGAGAGAUUAUUCAAGCACGAGUGUCCAGAAGACCCGGCAGUUGUUCCUGGAGGUUUCCUUACAGAUAUCAAUACCAAUUCAUUGUCCAUAUCCCUUGGCAUGGCAGACAUUUCUGUGAAGAAUGCUAAAGUAUACACUAAAUUCCAGUUUGAACGUACUGGCUUCUACUCAGUAGAUCCUGACUCAAGCCCAGACUUCUUGGUUUUCAAUAAAACUGUUGGGUUGAAAGAAGAUAAGGGGAAAAAUUAAAAAUAAGGGUAAAUUGUGUAAGGCCUGGCUGAGACAUUUUUUAUACAAAGGAUAUUAGUUUUAUGAGGUUCAGGGUAAUCAGCCAGAUGUUAGAACAGUUUUUAAUGAGGUGCCUUUUUAUUAUCUAAGUAGAAAGGUAAUGCCUUGAAGCAAAUCUUAUUUUCUUGUCAGUAGGUGGGUAGGAAUCAAAAUUACUGAUGAAUGAGGCCAGACUGAUUAGUUUUUUUCUUUCUUUCUUUCUCUGUUGAGGAUUAUUUAGUUCUUAGAAAAAUAAUUCAGGGUUAUAAAACUUAACCAAUAGUCCAUGGUGACAGUUUUAUAUUGAAUAUUAUGUAUCCCAUGUGAAAGUUAUGCCAUCACUGUUAGAUAUAUCAGGUGAUUUGUUUGAUUUAUUUUUUUUAUUUUUAUUUUUUUUCAUUAUUAUUAUUAUUAUUAUUAUUAUUAUUAUUAUUAUUAUUAUUAUGAUAGUAAUAUAUAAACAAAUCCUAAUCUUUAUAGGUUCAUGAUUAUUAUUCCAGCUUACAGUUGAUUGCAAUUUGUUGAUAUUAAAUUGGUUACAUUCUUCACUGAAAGUAAAUUUUAGGGUGAAAUUUAGUGUAUAGUUAAGUUCAAGAUUUGCUGUACACUUGGUUGUUCUACACUUUGUGUUAUUUCAGAAGUAUUCAGCUAACAUUUGUCCCCAUGAUAAGCAACUAGUUAGCUUAUUAGCAAUUACAGUUCUAUUUAUUCACAUAGAUUGUAAUUUUUUUAUUGAUAAAAAUACCACUGAAGUGAUCUACUGUAGCAUCCAGUGUCGGAAUCUUAAACAUUUACUAUACCUAAAAUUAUAAUUCUGUUCAGUGGAAUUUUCUUUUUCAUACGAAACAUGUAUUAAUAAUUUUCUCUUUGAAGUAUCUAAGUAACCUUGUUUCCAAAUUUGAUUAAUCCAAUGUUUAACAUAUUGAGGUGUAAAUGACAUUGUCAUUAUGAAGUCCGUAUCAGCUGUAAUGCAAAUUUGUCAUAAGCAUAACUGUGUUCAUAUGUUUUCUACCCUUAAAGUAAAUCAUCAAGAGCUGUAUCAGAUCUUUUAUUUGUCAAACCAAACCUUAAAAUUGAUAUUUUGGUAAUGGUUUCUUUAAAAAGUACAGAAAAUCUUCAAAAGAGUGUUUUUAAGAAGCAAGAGUAUCUGAAGAGAUCUGGCAGUAUAGUAUGCCUUCUAAUAACUAUAUUAAAACAUGGAUGACAACCCUGUACACCUUUUGGGAAGUCCCAAACAAAUAAAAUGUAUUAGACAAUUAGUUAGGUAUCUGAGUCCAGUGCAUUUUCUCCUUUUUAAAGCCCAGUAAAAGGGUGGGUGGCUUAUAGUGUUCACUCUUCUAGAUUAAUAUUUUUCUCGUUUCAUUUCUCAGCUUGUUAGAUAAGAAUGGUUUUCUAAUUUUCUCUAUUUAUUUGUGUUUGUUGUCAUUGCUGAAUUGUUGGAUUAUUAAAGUAUAAAGUAUAA